CGCAUUCCUCCCACCUUGGUAGGCACACUUGCCUGACGUGGCUGAGCCUCGAUUGUGUUACAAGUCGAGCCGAAAAAAACAAACGUUUAGAUUCUCGUCCCGCUGACUUAUCCACAACUCUCUUUUUUCCUUUUCAGUCAACGCAUAGUCAGUUUUGUUUUGCCUUGCUAAGGUCCUGCAUUCCUUCACCAUCCUCCCCCGGGAUGUCCCCUUUUCAAGAGGACAGCUGCUCGUGCGGCCAAGAACCCGUUACUAUCCUCUUGCUCGGCUGCACACAGCAAGGAAAAUCAUCACUCAUCAGGUCGUUGUACGACUACGCCGGACGUGACCAAGCUCGAGAUGCCGUCCAAAUAGGAGUCUUCGGGAAUUCGUCUGUCACGAAGGAGUGCUUCGUCUACCCACUGACUAUCAAGCUCCGCGAGCAUGCUUUCAAGGACAGAAAUGGCAACGUUCUAUCCAUCAAUAGCCUUGAGGACGUUGAAGAUGCGGAGGCCCUAGAUGAUGGAUACGAUACAGCUGGUAGUCAUGACGGAGAAAACGACGCUGUUGGUGACAUGACUCCGUCGGCCAAGCACGAGACCGUAUACACUGGCGAACACCUCCAUGUCCGCAUCAUUGACACGCCGGGCCUAGACGACAGCGACAACAGCAAGGCGGCAGGCGAUGUCAGCACCGGCCUGCGCAUGGAAGUGGAGGAUGAGAAGCACAAGAUGACCAUCUUCAAGGCCGUUGUAGCCGAGGGCAAGAUCAGCGCUGUGUGCGUAGUGCUCAGCACCGAAGCCAACCUGGGAGGGGCCCUUUCACAGAUCCUGAGACAGUACAAGAUACUACUCAGCCACAUGGGCGUGGGCGAUAAUCUUCAUUUCCUACAUACCCACGUUGACGAGUUCGACAUGUGGGACAAGAUGAACAGCCGGCCGCAUGCCGUCAGCACUGCGCUCUCCGACUUCACGGCGAGCCACCACUUUAUCAAUAACAUCCCCUGCGGUCCCAUUUCCGAGUAUUUGGCUCACCGAGCCCUCGCCAGACUUGUGCACUCGCUGGCGCAGGACAACCCCCAGCAUGUCCAGCAGCUCGGAUACGCCAAACCCAGCGCGUUUAGGGACAUGGAGGAGCACAUACACGAUGCUUUGCGCGUCAAACUGGAGGCCUGGCAGGAAAAGAUCAAGAAGAAGCAGGAGGAGAUGGACGAGCUCGAGAUCAACAGGCUCGGACUCGAGGCUCGCCACCGCAAACAAAUGGAGAUCUGGCACCGCCUCAACGUCGAGUACGAGCGUCUCGACACUUGCGACGAGGUCGAGAUACGGCACUGGAGCGGCCGGGCCGGCUGGCCGUUCCUCUUCGUCCCGGCGCGGCUGCACGUCGAGAUCAGCACCAACCACCCCAUCCGGAAGGUCAAGCGGGACACGCCGGGCCACGCGCACUGGGAGGGGCCUGGGGACGACCACUGGAAGAACGGCCAGCGCCAUUUCUCCGACUGCCUCGCCGCCAACGGCCCCUUCAGCGACAUCUGGGCCACCGUGUGGCUGUACGGUUGGCGCAAGGAGAUCGAGGCUGACCGCCUCUCGACUCUCCACGCCGAGCGCGACCACGCGUGGGCAGCGCACGCGAGCACAAAGGACGAUAUGGACAAGACGAGCGGGGAGAUUGGGCGGGCGAGGGGGGAAAAGGAGGGCCUCGAGCGAGAGCGCGACGCUGUGGCGUCCAGGAUCGCCGCGCUCGCCCAGGACCUGAUCCCGCUAGACGCCAUCCAGACCAAGGGUCACUACCUAGCCAGCACAAGCCUGAUCAGCUACGCCUACGGAAGGGGAGUGAUCGAGGACAUGAUGGAGCUGUCCCUACUGCCGACGCAUCCUGAUCCAUCGGCGAAAGAGGCGGCGUUGACAGACUAUCGCGCAAAGCUGGCGCAGUUGAACGAAGCUGGGGAGGGGGAGGAGUCGCAAGACAAGAAGGCGGAUAUUGAGGCGUCGCGCAAGGCCGCCGAGGCCAUGGUCAACGUCGUCCUAGCGAAGAACACGUGCAGGGCCGGCCUGUUUGCUACCCUGACCAUGUCUAUCGCGAAGCGCGGCCAUGACAGCCCGGCGGUAUGGGAGCGCGUCUUCAGUGAGCUGAAGGAGUGUUACCUAAAGGAUCCAGGCAACUGGGACAGGCUCGUGGAACUUUUGUGAAGGAGUGCGUCAGGCAUGUCAUUGCUAUAGAAAUGGGUAAUAUGUUAGAGUGUCCCCCUGUUAGACUAGAGAAGCGAUUUGGGAGGGUCCCAAUGCACCCCGUCCCCAAACCCGAUGACGGCGUCC